GCGGACACGUCGAGGGAGCCCGGCCGCCCGCUUCCCGCCCCCCGUCCCCGAGGCCACGCCAUGCGGUGAGCGCCCCCGGCCGGCCAGACCCCACCCUACCGACGCCCGGACCUGCCGACACCUCCGGGACCCGCCGACACCCCGAGACUCGCCGACACCCCGGACGCGCUGCCGCUCAAGAUGCCCAGAGGCUGCGCCUUCCUGCUCGCCUCCCUGCUCCUCGCCGCGACCCUUUCAGCCACCCUGGGGCUCGGGUCACCGGUGAAGGAAAAGAGAGGCUGGACCCUGAACAGCGCUGGCUACCUUCUUGGUCCACAUGCCAUCGACAACCACAGGUCAUUUCAUGACAAGCAUGGCCUCGCUGGCAAGCGGGAACUCCAGCCUGAAGACGACUCGAGGCCAGGAAGCCAUGACAGGCCACUGCCUGAGAACGAUGUUGUGCGCACGAUAAUCGACUUUCUGACUUUCUUGCAUCUCAAAGAGGCCGGGGCCCUGCAGCGCCUGCCCGCUCUCCCACCGGCCAUUUCCUCAGAAGACACGGAGCAGUCCUGA